AUGAGCGAUUCGAGCGUGAUGAUGAUGCCUGUGGAGAUGGCACAAAUCUUAGCGACGGGGAUGAAGAAUUGGUGGGAGGAGGUGAACGAGUCAACUCAGUGGCAAGAUGGGAUCUUCUUCUCUCUCUGUGGAGCUUAUGCUCUUGUCUCCGCCAUCGCUCUUGUCCAGUUGGUGAGGAUCCAAAUGAGAGUGCCUGAAUAUGGCUGGACCACUCAGAAGGUCUUUCAUCUUAUGAACUUUGUCGUCAAUGGAGUUCGUGCGGUUCUAUUUGGAUUUCACCAUCAAGUCUUUCUCGUUCAUCCCAAGGCUCUUUGCUGGAUACUAUUGGAUCUUCCGGGCCUACUCUUUUUCUCGGCAUACACACUGCUCGUUCUGUUCUGGGCAGAGAUAUAUCACCAGGCAAACAUGUUGUUUCCACUUUCCACCAAUGAGCAGGCAAGAAGCUUACCUACGGAUAAGCUGCGGAUAACCUAUAUCUCGGUCAAUGUGGCUGUAUAUUUGGCUCAGGUUGUAAUCUGGGUAUGCAUCUGGGUAAAUGAUAACAGCACUGUGGAGUUAGUUGGAAAGAUAUUUAUGUCAGUUGUGUCUUUCAUCGCUGCGUUAGGCUUCUUGCUUUACGGAGGAAGAUUGUUUAUUAUGCUAAGAAGGUUCCCUAUUGAGUCAAAAGGAAGAAGGAAGAAGCUCCAUGAGGUUGGAUCUGUGACAGCUAUAUGCUUCACCUGCUUUCUCAUAAGAUGCAUUGUGGUGGGUGUAUCAGCUUUUGACAUGGAUUUAACGCUGGAUGUCCUUGAUCAUCCAGUUCUGAACUUAAUCUACUAUAUGGUGGUAGAAGUACUUCCAUCGGCACUAGUACUCUUCAUUUUGCGUAAGCUACCACCACAGAGAGUAUCAGCUCAAUACCAUCCCAUCCAGUAG